UUCAUCCCCGUGUGGACACUGUUGGUUUGAGCGUGGAAGCGCAAAGAGCAAGAGACUCGAUGGCGAUGAUGCAGUGGUGCGGCGCAGUAGCGAGGCGAGUAGUGAUGACGCAUCGACCUGCUCUGACAUCAACAUCGUCAGGAGGGGUGACGCCGAUCCUGUGCGGGCGUGGGGACAAGAAGACGAAGAAGGGGAAGAUAUUCAAAGGGUCGUACGGGAACUCGAGGCCGAAGAAGGAGAAGAAGAUAGAGCGAAUCAAGGACAAGGUCGAGGUCCCCAGGUCCACUCCUUGGCCACUUCCUUUCAAGCUCAUCUGACCCAUUCAUCGCACUUUUCUCAAUCUCUUUUAUGUUUGUAGUGUUCUGGGGUUUAAGGUGAUCAGAUGUAGUGUUGUGGGUUUUGGGGUUUGGGGUUUUAGGCUUAUGGGUUUUUCUUAUGUGAUCAGAUUUUGUACAUUUUCAUUGGCUAUGCUGCGAAUGAAUUUCGCUUUCAUGUGUAUGUUUUUCUGACUUGUUAUUAUUUGACUUAUAUUUUUAGAAUAAAAAUGUGCUUAAUUUCUUUUUA